ACAGGCGCGCGCCCUUGCAGUAAUUGAAAGUGAAACUUAAGGAACAGCAGAGGCCCACAGGAGAAAAGAGACACGGAGCUCGUCGACUGGUUGGAACAUUUGACUCUUCGCUGAUUUCACUUCUAAAAACAUGAACAUGUCAAACAGCACGAGAAUUGCCGUCCUGGGAAAAACUGGAGUUGGGAAAAGCAGCCUGGCUAACACCAUAUUUGGAGAGCAACGGUUCAAGAUCGGACACACUGUGAACUCUGAAACAAUUGAAUGUCAAGCAGAAACUGCACCUGUCAAUGGAGGAAACAUCACUUUGAUUGAAACUCCUGGUUUUUCUGAGGAGGAGCUGAAGUCUGAAAUAGUGAGGUGCAUCACAGAGUGCGCUCCUGGGCCUCAUGCCUUUCUCAUUGUGCUCAAAGUGGAGAGAUUCACCGAGCAGGAGCAGGCUGUCGUCACUAAAAUAGAUCAAUACUUUUCUGAAGAAGUUUUCCAGUAUGCGACAGUUGUCUUUACUCAUGGUGACCAGCUCCCUGAAGGACAGACCAUUAAGGAAUUCAUCCGUAAUGAAAAGCUUGUGUGUGAUCUGGUGACAAAGUGUGGAGGCCGCUGCCACGUUGUUGAUAAUAAAUACUGGAAGAACAACCAGCAGGAUGAAUACAGGAACAACCAGGUCCAGGUGAAGGAGCUCCUACAGACAAUAGAUAAGAUGGUUGAGGAAAACGAAGGAAGAUGCUACACCAAUGAGAUGCUACAAGCAGUGGAGGAAAGAAUAAGGCAGGAGGAGAAACUCAUUAAACAGACAGCAGGAAACAUGUCAGCGAUAGAGAUCAGAGAGGAGGAUAGAGUCGGAGCAUCUGAGGGGCUUUUGAGCAGUUUGGCAGGUAUGGCAUCAUUUGCAUUGGAAAGUGUUCGUACUUGGUGGAGGGGAUUUUGGGAGUAGUUGUCUCAGCUUUAGAGACAAGGUUUGCUUUAUUCAGAAGUGCAGCAGGCGGAGUGGCAGGAGCAGGUGUCGUAGCAGUAGGAGCAAAUACAGCUGGAGUGUGAGCGGUGGCAGGAGGUGAUUCAUCUGAGGGAGCAGACGCCCUAUUGGAAGCAGCAGAGGGCACGAAGGUCGUCAUUGAUAAGAGCAAACAAUAGAGUGCAAACCUGUGAGGAGCUCUUGAAGGUUGAAAAGUAAUCUCUCCCAAAAAAUUGCAUGAAAAUCUUGUUCUAAACUAUAUUUAACCACUGAGAUUAAUGUUUAGUAUAUGUAAUAUGUAAUACAUUGUACUCAUUGGUUUGUUGAGGUAUCCACCAAAAAUGCCCGAGACACACCACAACUAUGAACCUAUUUCUCUAUUCUUCUGUUAAAAUAAUUGAUUCAUAAUUCGUUAAUUGGCUUAUUAAAUUGAAGAGUGAAGACAUUCUUGAAACAGAGUGACCCUGUGGUACUGCUUUGUUAUCUAACACCUCUACUUCCUAAAGGAGACAGAAGCCAGACCAUAAAGCGUAACAGCAACAUUCUGUGGUUUUGGGCAUCUGGCUUAUUGGGUUUUAUUUACUAAUAUGAAACAUGGCUUUUGAAAACUAUAGUACAGCCAUAGGAAGUGUGAUCUUAAAUUGUAUUUGACUUUUUAUUCAUAUUAUUAAGUUUCAUUAUCUUUGAUGAUUUACUUUCUUUUUAUUGAGCUAAGAGUGUUUUGGUCUCAUAUAUAAAUAUAUUCUUCACAUACAUUCUCAUAUUAUUUAGUGUAAAUUCAAUGAUGACAGCCUUAAUGUGUAUUUCUGUCAUGUAUCAAUAUGUAAUCACAUGUUCUUCUUUGUUGACUGAAUGAUAAGAAGAGGUAAAUAUGUGAACAUUGCUUCACCUCAUAAUCUUGAAGGUUUUAUUGUGAAUGUAAUCUUUUGACAUUUUGUCUUUUCUUUUACUUAAUUAUUUACAUGAUUCAUAUUUGUAACCAUUUAUCUUCCUUUCAUUGCACAAAACAAAUAAAACUGGUUUGUAUUCUGUACAUUCCAACCAAA